AUGCCACCAAAGGCAGCAAAAAAGUCCUCGGCCAGAAAAUCCGACACUGGAGCCUCAGCAGUCAACAAGAACUGGGAGGCUGGGCUCAUCAAAGCCCCAUUUGAAGAGGAUUCAUGGAAGGCCUGUGUGUCUCUGGUGGUUGGGCGAAAUCCAGAGGAUGAGAAUCUGAUCCAGGCUCUGGCUCUGGCAGUUCAGAAACCUGUACGCAAACUUUUCACAGUGUUGACCUGGGGUGGCACCCUGGCAAAGAUCCAUGAACUGGGAAAUCCCAAAGCUAAAAAAACAGAUGACACCCCUGUGUUCUUUGAGGUUACAGAGCCGGCUAAGAUGCUUCUGGAUGCUGGGGAACAGAUUCCCUGUGACUUAAUGGCUAAAAUAGUGAAGUUUCUGCUUCUACAAAUCAAAACCAAUGAUCAGCAGAGGAGGGAAGCAGAGAAGGCUGAGGUGGAGAAGAAAAAGGUUGCUCCUCAAUCUGCAGGCAAAGACAAAGCAGGGACAAAAGGACCUAUGGAACAAGAGAAAAAGACCAAACUCCGACGCCGGGAUGAAAACACUGAACCACCUAAAUUCAUAGAUGAUGAACCAGACGAUGGUCCCCAGCACUAUGUCCUGUUGCUGGGCUUUUACCAGCCACACUUGGUUGGAGCACUUGAUUCCAUGGGCGUGCAUGUAGCCAAUGUCAUCCAGUUGCUGUCACAGGAAACAGAAACUAUUGAGGGGCAACAGGAAAAUCACAACAGUAACAAGGAAAAUGACAGACCAUCUUCUGUUCUGGCUCCAUCUAAAGAACAUUCAGAUGGUUGCACUAAGGAACUGGAUACCCAAACCAUGAGGUUGAAUCAGUUUUGGUCAGGACUGAGACCACUUUUGGACAGUGGACCACCGGACUCAAAGCUCCAUGAUGUGGCUCAACUCAGCUACACUGUUACCGAUCAUCGUCCUCCCUUUGACAAACAAGAUCCAGAGGCUGCGUUGGCACUAGGAUGCAGAAUAUUUGAGGGCGUGGCUCAUCUCGUCUAUGACUGUCUGGACUGGCGUAGGCAGCAUCAGCACUACCUCGACAACAUCAAACUCAUCAAUGUACCAAAAGUGAUUGUGCCGGACAUACAGCCUGCAGAGGUUGUGCUGACCCCUCCUCCCAUGAGUCCACGCUCCAAAAAGAGGACACCACGCGGGGAAAGCCAAGAGGCCCAGUUGCCUCCCCUUUCUACAGACGUGGACAUGCGUUACUAUAACAACCUACUGGACCUCGUUUCUCCUGAAUCUUGCUCUGUGCCCCUGAUCCUGCACAGUAUGCUGGAGCAGGUGGUUCUUUCCACUGACCAGUCCAUUCAAAAUACUUCCAAUGUGCCAGAGGAGGCAGCAGCUUCAACUGGUCUGUACUUAGACCAACAACUGGCCUGCUACAUUCUCCAAAGAUUUCUGCCUUUGGUGCACACAGAAGAGGAGAGAAGCUACUUGUUAAAUAGUUUGCUGAACAUUGUGCAUAAUGUAGAUGACAAGAAGAGGUUGGUGGAGAAGUUUGGAACAAAAAAUGCUCAGAGGAAUUUAGGUCACCCUCUGGUUAUCAGACACCAUGAUGAGAGGGCCCUGCGCUUGAGGGACGUCACUGUGGUCCAGGGAUUUGAUCCAGCAGAAGUGGAGCUGACAAUGAUGAAGAGGACUCCAGUGUGGGAGUUGAUCCAUUCUGUAGCUCAACAAAGAAACAGCUCCUCCUGCUGGAUGACAAUCAAACAACAGCUACAACAUUACUGUGCAGAUGAUGUAGUGUCGUGGCCAGAGGUGGAGCGUUUGUUUCAUCACAGUGUGUUUGAGAGUAUGCCGCUGACCACGCUACACCAAAAGGGAGUGCUGCUGAAUGCUACUGGGUCACUGCAAACACCUCCCAUAAUUCCCUGGGACAACCCACUAUCUUAUGCUAAACAGCAGUUUAGUAUCCUGAGCAGAAAAGGUCCCACAUUUUUCACUGAAGACUCUACUAACACUGAGCAGACCAGUGGGCCCAUGUGUAAUGAACUGGACUUAUCUGACAUUCAGAGAUGCAGGCUGAGAACCCUGUUUGACUGGCACUAUACUGAACACCACAAUUCCACCACCCUUCCACAGGUUCUCCAGUUAGCCUCAGAAGAAUAUCGCUGCAUGGACACUUUUAGAGGAAGCAGCAACAACAUUCUCUACAUUUUUUGUCAUAAUCCCAUGACUGGUCAUCGCCAAUGCAAAGAGUCCUGGGAUGUAGCUUUGCACACUAACAUCAAGUUCAGGAAGUACCUGGAGCAUGUGGCAAAUACAAUUACUGAUUGGACAAAAGAGGAGGAGGCAAAGACAGAGGCCAUGCAGCAGGAAAAGCUUAGCCCUGCUGAACCCCCAGAAGCAGAUGACAUGGUUGCACAUUCAGCAGAGGAGUGUGUAUUGGAGGCAGUCAUCAGAAAAGACUCCCUGAAAGCAUGGAAGUUGGAGCAGGAGCGGCUGAAAGAGGAGGAGGUGUCCAAGAAAUCCAAGAAAGACAGUACGCAGAAGGGUAGGCAGGCAAAAGAGGAGGCUAGUUUAAAAGACAAUAAUAAAGGUCAGAACAAUCCCCCUUUAAGUGGUAAGAAGAGCAGAACAGCGACCGCGUGCAGCUUAGAUAAGACUUCCCCAGAGACAAAAAUAACCACAGUGCCCCCUGUGGAAGAAAGCAAGGAAUCUCAGCUAACGGAGGAACCCUUAAAUGGAUUUUCAGGUUACAACAUGGAUGGAAAGUUAGUUCAUGUAUCAGGUCAAGUUCAGUACCUUUACCCCUCAGACGGAGGAACCAUCGCCGUGGAGACUGUCAGCUACGUUGAAGGUUCCAGCCUAAUGAAGGUUGCUGUGAAAAAGGAUGGGCAUCAUUUCUACACACACAUCAACCACGUUGUUGUGGAGUCGUCAAAAGCUUCCUCUGAGCCUCAAGACAAACAAACCAGUGAAAAAAGUGAAGAUGUUAAAGUGUCAGAGCUUGUGGGGAUGAAAAGGAAGCAGGGCUCCCUCUCAUCUGUGCUAGACAAUGGAGUCCACCUGUCAUACAGUUUUUACGGUCCUACAGGGGAAUACAUAGUGAGUCAUAAGGAAGCAGAAGGUGGGAUCUCAGACGCCUCCACAGUUCUCGCCAAGGAAACACCCCCAGAAUCACAUCACAACAACACUCAGAGCCCGUCAAGCCUAACCGGACCUCCACAGUCCCAGGCAUGUGAAGGGCGGUUAGCAUCGCCAUCCUAUUCAUUCAACAGCCUCAACCUGUCUGUCCCCAGUGGCUUGUCAGUGAAAUUCCUCCGGGAGGAUACACAAGGAGUGCCCUCUAAAGAGCUGGGUUUGUUAGUGAGACAGAGCUUUCCCCUGCAUGGAAGGGGAGAUGCAGGGCAGCUUGAGGACCCCUCCCUCUCCAAAGAACUGUCCCGCACUGUCACAAGUCAGGGAACUGUGAUCCGCUACAUGAGAGAUGGGUCCACAGAGGUGCUGUUUGCAGAUGGAUCGGUCAGUAACAGCCAGGAUUCUGGUCCAGUGUGGGUGCCAGACUCUGAGGUUCAGAAGCAAAAUAUGGCUCCGGAAAUUCAGGACAACACUAAAGCGCAGAGCUCAGAGACCAGCGCCAAAACAAAGACAGGCUGUUGGACCACUACAACUCCCACUGGAGCUCGCAUUUGCACUGUGGGGAUCACACAUGAAUACAUACCCACAGUCCCACUUCUUGCCUUCAAGGCGACAGACCCCAUCACGAAUGAAGUAAUGGUGACCCGGGAGGAUCUGGUGAUGACUGUCCAGAACCCAAAUGGAUCAUUUAGUGUGGAGCACGCAGAUGGAACAAGGAUCACCAACCUGUACCAAGACAGACCACCGAACACACCACCACACAUACUGAUGCACACAGGGGAUCGGCCAGAGACCGUGACCCUUAAAUCAACUUCAGCUGUUUGUGGAUGUGGCUUCACUGAGUGUACAUGUGUCACACGCUGUGCAGAGAGCAUCAUUGAGAAUGUGCACAUCCUGGAUACUAGCGACAGUGGAGAAGAGAUUAUCAAGGACAGUGCAGGCGGUCCUCAUUCAGAUCUGGAGGUUUUGAGUGACAAAAAGGAGUGUGCUGAAAGUAUUGUGUUUAAGGAUGGACAGGACCAUGUGUUGGCCAGAGAGACUGUAGAUGAGAGUAAUAGGAGCAGUGCAUGCCUGACGGAAAAGAGAAGCGAUUCAGACAAAGAAAAGGUGGUUUUGGUGGAGAAGGAGGGAUGUGCCACAGUGGUGAUGUAUCCAGAGCGACACAUGGCCCAUGUGUUUUUGGCCGAUGGAACUGUGAUCACUGGGAACAACAAUGGAGCUUAUCAGGUGUUUCCCUCAAGUGUGGGGCUUCUGCAGAUCCACAGCGAUGGGAAGUGUGUGUAUACAUCUGAUCCACUUGUAACCCCCACUCCAAAAGGUGGCACCCCCACUAACCAACCUGGAAGUUACACAAUGAGUCACACUGACAAUGUGGCCUGUGAUGUCACAGAUUCUGAUGGGAAUCACUUUCAGGUGAUGGAGGAUGGGAAGAUAUCAGUUCUAAACUUCAGCCCGACUCCAAGUAUGCUCAACAAUGAUGAAGAGGAGCUAUUGGAUGAGGAGGAAGACAGAGAAAUGGCCAAGCUUCAUGCAAAACGCAUAGGACAUUCUCCACGGCUGUUUCUGGUGCAGGAGGAUGGGUCUGGGGUUGAACUGCUAAGCUCUCAGACAGUAGAGGAGCUGCUCUUCCAUGCAUAUUCUGACCCAACCAUAGCAGUACUGAAGGAACCACUGCCGGACACAGAAGAUGAGUUCAGCAUUACCAUCCUGAGGCCCAGCCACCAGAGUAUGUGGUCUCAGUGGUUGUUAGGGAAACAAAACCCAGACAUCACCCCUCCCAACCUCAAAAACCGCAGCUGGCAUGACUUCCCUAGAGUAGAGGUACAGAAACAAAGCCCAGGUCCUCCGUUUGGUACUGAUAUGGGACGAGGUCUGACGCUUAAUGAGAGGUCUGGAGGCUCUGCAGCACACCGUCUACCCGUCAAAAACUGCCCAAAAGUUCUGGAAAUGAGUGAACUCUAUCAGCACAGACCCUUCACUACACUGCUCAAAAAUACUGUGGACAAGCGGCUGAAGGAAUACAUUGAAAGCUUAAUGGAGAGGGAGCAGCGAUCAGAGGAGAUGAGGAUUAAAGACCCUCGCACUGUGGAGGAGACUGUCCAUGCCAGUGAUCUGCUGAAUCUGGUCCUGUCUUUCACAGAGGGUGAGGAUUCAGAUCAUGCUACUGAAAAAAAUACCUCAGUGGACAUUGGCAGACUGUACAUCCAGGGAGUUGGAGCACCAGUCGAACAAUCAGAUGCUUCAGAAGACACAAUUGCAGCAAAUAGUGACAGUUUUACCCAUGGACAAGAAUCAAAAUGGACUGGAAGACUUGCGCAACAUAGACAGGAGCUUUGUGAGGAGAAGACAUGCAGAGAGGCUCUGAAGAAGAAGAUUGUUGUUCCCUAUUUCCAUGUAGAAAAUGUUUCACUACACCAGAAUCUGUUAUACCAGCAAACACGAGACAUGAACACGCCGUCCAUGGAUCUCCCUCCAACCUCCCGGGCAGUCAAUGCAGAGGACUUUCUGAAAGAUGCACCACAAGAGACAGCUGAAUUAUUACACUCUCCACGCCCCCUAAACCCAACACCCUCGAAGUCAACAAGUUAUGCAGCAGGAAGGACUCAUGGAAAGAGACCCACUCAUCCUGUCCCUCAGCCUGCUGUUGAAAGCAGUCUGAGAGGCUCAUCUGUGACGUCUAAACCACUUUGCGUAGAUGUGACUGGAAAGCCCAGGCGGACUAAAGUCAGACUGCCCACCUCCAUCCUCAGCUCCAAACCGUGUAGUGUGCCAAAUCAUCAGUUUCUGUCUGUGGAAGAACCAGUGAGGAGAAAAUGUCGAACGGUUUCCCUGACCGAUGGUAGCGCCAUAGUGAGGGGCUUCCAGCUCCUCCCGACCGUUGUUGACUUUGGUACGCUGCAGGAGGGCACGUCCUCGACCAUAACAGUGGUCAUGAAGAACGUGGGCGUCGACACAUGCAGGUUCCAUGUGAAGCAGCCUCCUUGUUCUACAGGCCUCCGCGUUAUCUACAAUCCUGGGCCUGUAGCCGCUGGUUUACAGGUUGAACUACAGGUUCAAUUGUUCGCCAUGUGUGCAGUCAGAGCCGGAGGGGCGGAGUCAAAAACAUCCUUUUCCCAGGACAUUACCAUCCAAACUGAGACCGAGAUCCUCUACCUGCCUGUCACUGCUACCAUCCUUUCUGAGAGGUUUUAUGACAUUUGGGUAAAGGACAACAGCAGCGUACACAACAAAAGAGGCUACAGGGUACCGAAACUCUGUCAGCCCCCCAAAAAAUGAGCUGGUACCCCCCCCCCCCCAUGAACACAGGACAUGUGAAUCAGACCACCAGCUUUUGAGGAGUCUACACUACACUUUAUUUUAGAAAAAAAAAAAAUUAAAUAAAAAAUAAAUCUAGUAUUACAGUGUUCAAUGGAUAUUUUUCACUGAUCCAAGUGUGUUUUUAAUGCUUAAGUAAUUGCAUUUAUUCUCUUUAAUAGUCCAAUUUUGCACAUGCGUCCCUAAACGUGAAUGUGCGCUCGCGUGCAUGUCGGUAGAGUCAUGCCUGUGCGCGUGCUCGGUUAUGUU